AUGUCGCCAGACCUCAACUCGCUUCCACCCUCACCGGCCCCGGGCACGAGCAUCCCCGUCAAUCUGACGCGCAGCGGCAACACCAACGGUGUUCCCAACGGCGUCGACAAGAUGCCCAACAUCCUGUACAUCAUGGCCGACCAGCUAGCCGCUCCGCUGCUGAAGAUGUACAACCCAGAUUCGCAGAUCCUCACGCCGAACCUGGACGCCCUUGCCGCCCGAUCGGUCCAGUUCGACUCGGCCUACUGCCCGUCCCCGCUGUGCGCACCGUCCAGAAUGAGCAUGAUCACAGGCCUGCUGCCCAUGAAGAUCGGAGCCUUCGACAACGCCGCCCAGAUCUCGAGCGACAUCCCCACCUACGCCCACUACCUCCGCCUGCGCGGGUACCAUACCGUGCUCGCGGGCAAGAUGCACUUCGUCGGGGACCAGCUGCACGGCUACGAGACGCGCUUGACGAGCGACAUCUACCCUGGCGACUUCGGGUGGGUCGUCAACUGGGACGAGCCGGAUACCAGGCUGGAGUGGUACCACAAUGCGAGCUCCAUCCUGCAAGCGGGCGUUUGUGUGAGGAGUAACCAGCUGGAUUACGACGAGGAGGUCAUGUACCGGUCAACGCAGUUCCUCUAUGACCACGUCCGGGAAGGGCCGGGGGCGAGGCCGUUUUGUUUGACGGUCUCCCUGACGCACCCCCACGACCCCUACACCAUCGAACAAAAGUACUGGGACCUCUACGAGGGCGUCGACAUCGACCUGCCCAAGGUCCAGAUUCCCAAGGAGGAGCAAGACCCGCACAGCAAGCGCCUCCUCAAGGUGUGCGACCUCUGGGACCAAGACUUCAGCGAGGAUCAGAUCAAGCGGGCGAGGAGGGCUUACUAUGGCGCCGUCAGCUAUGUGGACGACUGUGUUGGCAAGCUGCUCGACGUGCUCAAGCGCUGCCGGCUGGAUAAGAACACCAUUGUCAUCUUCAGCGGCGACCACGGAGACAUGCUCGGCGAAAGGGGCCUGUGGUACAAAAUGAACUACUUUGAGAACUCCGUCCGCGUGCCCCUGCUGGUCUCUUACCCGCAGUGGUUCGCUCCGCACCGCGUCUCUUCCAACGUUUCGACGCUCGACAUCCUCCCCACCAUGUGCGACCUGGUCGGCACUAAGCCAGCCCCCUUCCUGCCCAUGGAUGGCGUCUCGCUGCUACCGCACCUCGAGGGCCGCUCCGCCGACGGCCACGACGAGGUCUUUGCCGAGUACACGGGCGAGGGCACCGUCCGGCCGCUGAUGAUGAUCCGCCGCGCCAAGUGGAAGUACGUCACUUGCCCCGCCGACGGGUCGCAGCUGUACGAUCUAGAGGCGGAUCCGCUGGAGCUGGUGGACCUGGUCAAGAGCGGGGCCGUGGCAAGGGACGAGAAGGUGAGGAAGGUGUUUGAGGGCUUCGAGAGGGAAGCGAGGGAGAGAUGGGACUUUGACGCCAUCACUAAGGAGGUGCUGCUCUCGCAGCGGAAAAGGCGCUUGGUCUGGGGUGCAUUGACCAAGGGCCGGUUUACCAGUUGGGAUUACAACCCCGAGGAUGAUGGAAGAGAGAAGUAUAUCCGCUCGCACAUUCCACUCGACGACCUCGAGCGCAGGGCGCGGUUCCCGGCGGUUGACGAGUUUGGUCGAGAGACUGGGACAGCCAUCAGAGCUGAUCAGGCUGGCUCUCAUGGACAGUGA